AAAGAAAACCUUAACUCUCAUUCGACUGAAUCUUCCCACUCUCUUCUUCAUAGCAAGUAUAAAAUACAACACGAGGGUGUAAGGAGGAGAGGAGAACACAGCAACCUUAACCAACCAAGAACUCCAUUCGUCUGUGCUCGGUAGAGAUGGCUAGGAAGAGGAAGUCUACUGAAAGGAUGGAGGAGAAAAAGGAGUCUAGCAAUGGAGAUCAGAAUCCCAUGACUUGGGAUGAGAUGUUGAAGGAAGCAGCUGCAGUGGCGGCUCUUAGCGGAGCCCGGAGGCCGAGAAAACAUUUCAUUGGAGUCAGGCAGAGGCCAUCGGGGAGGUGGGUGGCCGAGAUCAAGGACACCAUUCAGAAGAUUAGAGUUUGGCUCGGCACUUUUGAAACCGCCAAGGAGGCGGCCCGAGCCUAUGAUGAGGCCGCCUGUUUGCUCCGCGGGGCCAAUACACGGACGUACUUUUGGCCUGCCUCUGCUGCUCCGGAGUCUUCCUUCUUGCCGGCUCCUCCCUCGAAGGUCACCAAUCUUGUCCUUCAGAGGCUCAGAGAGAGGAACCAUGCCCGUGAUUCUGGCCUAGCGCCUGCCUGCAUCGACCAGAAGCAAGAACAAGUGGUGGAUUCUUUCAUCCAUUUCCUCAAUGAUCCCGAUAAUUGCAUUGUGGAGGAUGACAAACACAGUAAUAAUGCUGGAAGUCCUGUGAUGACUUCAGAAUCCUGCUUGACUGAGAAAGAGAAUUCAGGCGAUAAGUCGAGUGAUGACGCGCGAAGUUCUAGUGAUGGAAGUAAUCCAGUAGAAAGAGCAGAUUAUCGGGGGGAGGAAAAAGUGGAGGAGGAGGAGAGUUUGGAUCUUAGGGACAUUGAUUUUCAUUUCCUCGAUGAUGUACGAUCUCCGGUUCUCUGUUCACCUUUCGAGAUGGCAGAGGAGAUUGUCGAGCCAAUGGAACCGGAAAAUGAUUCAGAGGAGCCAUCAAUUCAGAGGAUGAAGUGUGAGCGCAAGUUCUCAGCUUCCCUCUAUGCAUUCAGUGGAAUACCCGAGUGCUUAAAACGGAAACAAGAAUCAAUAAAUAAGCUAGCGAAGGGAAUAUCCGAGCAGCUGAAAGACCCGAAUAAUGCAGAGAACAGAGAGACCAUGGAUGCAAAUGACGGGGAACUGUCUCUUUGGAGCUCUCUCGAUCCUCCACCCAUUUGCUCUGUCAAUUAGUCAGUGCAGAGUUCUCACCUGAGAAUAAUUCCUUGGUUCUUCUUUGUUCUCUUUUUCCUGGUCGGAAUACAGGCUAUUUCAAACCCGUAACGGCGAUGUAAUCCUUAGGAAAGAGAGAACCUGUCAGUUGAUGAAAUAUAUUCUCUUUGUGAACUUUUUGCUCAA